AUGGAUAAUCACCGAAAGAGGAAUCUAACUUUUCUCACCAUUGGGCUGAUAUUUAUGCUGAGCGGCAUCGAGUACGCUGUCAUUCUGCCGACAAUAUGGAGGUAUCUACAGAUCCUGGAGGCCCCUCCAUAUUUCCUCGGUCUGGGUCUGUCUGCUUUCAGUCUGAGUGGGCUCCUGACAGGCCCCCUUUUUGGGCUCUGGUCAGACCGGAGCAAAACUACAAAGUCCAUCAUCCUUUUCUCCAAUCUUUUUGAGAUUGCUGGUAACUUCAUGUAUUUUAUAGGAUAUUCAAAGUGGCUGUUGUUAUGUAGUCGUCUUGUAGCAGGGAUCGGUGCAGGAGCCGGCUCCUCCAUCUUUGGUUUCCUAACUCGGAGCACUAGGCCAGAGGAGCGUGCUGGUAUCUUUGCAGCCGUCAUGGCCUGUCGACAAGCUGGCCUCCUUGUCGGGCCGGCGUUCAACCUGUUCCUGCGGCUGUGUGAUUUCGAACUGGGGCCCUUUGUUGUGAACAAAUACACAUCUCCUGGGAUCUUUAUGUGCCUUUUAUGGGUGCUGCUCCAGUUUGUCGUCCUGGUAAUGUACUGGGAUAUACCACCCAACAGUUCGGAGGGGGUUGCAGUGAUGGUGGAGAUGAAACAAGAGGAUGGUUAUGAGGAGGAGGCCCCGCUGAUGGGGUCCGAUGAGGAGCCAGUGCAGAUUUACAGAGCUGUCAACUCUGACGAAUUAGGGACCUCCACCUCGUCCAGGAUGCAGGGUUUGAACCCCUUUGAGAACUUCAGUGUUAGCAGAGAGUUCCUGAGAGAGGAGGUGGUUGUUCUGCUCACAGCUCAGUUCAUCACUCUCUUCAAUCAGACAGCGCUGGAGACGAUGGUGACUCCUCUGACGCAGCGCUACUUCGGCUUCGACGAGCUGGGCAACAGCCUGAUGUACAGCCUGUGCGGGGUGGAGGUCAUCCUGGGCUUCUUCUUCGUGCGCUGGCUGAGCAAGAAGGUGGCGGACCGCGUUGUGCUGGCCGUGGGCCUGGUCAUCUGCUGUACCGCCUGUAUCUGGUGCCUUGUCUUCCUCUGCAACCCACGAGGUGGUUAUAGAUGGGAGCUGUCUGCCUUCAUCAUCGGGGUGUUUCUGCAGCUGCUGGGUCUUCCCUUCGUGGCCGUGUCUCAGGUGUCUCUCUUCUCCAAAGUGACUGCAGAGAAAACACAGGGAUUCAGCCAAGGUGUCAGACGCUCUGUGGGGGGCCUUGCCACCAUCUUGGGUCCUUUGUGGGCGGGAGGAUUGACCAAUAAUUUGUACAUAAUGUUAGGCAUGAUGCUAGCUCUCCUCCUAAUGAUCUCAGUUAUGACAGCUCUUUCCUACGAGCGCCUGACUGAGCCCAGGGCCGUGCAGAGCGCCCAGAGCUGUGACAGCGGAGGGUAG